CUCCUCUUCCUCACAGCAGCACAUAUAACAGCCUGAACACUGAGGCUCAGAGAGAAACUCUUCUGCACAAGAUCAACUGUGACUGACGCUCGGAGCAGACAAACACUCAAGAUGUCGGCAGAGGUGAAGCGCUGCAUUGAAACCAGCACCAGGAGCUUUGAGGAGCAGAAGACACUGAGACAGUUCGCAAUAGAAAUCUGUAAACAUCAAGAUGUGGCAUGGCUGAAAGACAGUUCAGAGUCAGACUCUGAGUCAUCAGAGUCUGAGUCCUUUGAGUCUCGCUUUCAGACCUUCCUCAAAGUCGUCAACAUGUUUAAUUUCCUGAAACAAGCGCUCGAUGUGGAAAAAGAGAAGAUUGUCUGUGAGAACAUCCACAUCACCUUUGUGGCACAUGGAUCGAUCGAGCAGACCAUGAUCCCAGCCAACACUUUGCUUCCUCUGUCCACCAUCGAAGACUUGGUCGUGUAUUCUCCCUGGAACUGCGCGAUUAAUGCUGGUGUAGCGUACGGUGUUGCUAAAGGAAUCAUUGAGCUUAAGCACAGGGCGUUCUGCUGUACUGAAGAAGACGACUGUCAGAUUCCUGAUGAAGACCAUCAGCCCACCAACCUGCCCAACCGCUGGAACUCAAUGAAGACGGCUAAAGGACGGAUGGUCCCAAACAUCCUCGUUAGUCCUCUAACCAAAGAAGAGGACGAUGCAUGGGAAGACUUCGAGCAUCUCCAAGUUAAGUAUGGUCGACCGGGGCUAAACCGUAUCGUCAUCCCGUUCAUCGUCCCAGGAGACAGUGAUGAAGAGGUCCCAUUCUCUGACAUCAUUUUGGCCCUGUCACUGGUGCUCUAUUUCUCCAAAUAUAAAGCCACCGUGCACCUCGCUGCCUGUCUGGGUAAAACAUCUGACGAAACAACACUUGAUGAGGAUUACCUGAAGGAGCAGUACGCCUGCACUAUCGACAACACGGCAAUGAUGUCAUCAGCUGAAAUGUUAAUCGACAAACACACUAACCUGUACCGAUCCCUUCACACCCUGUUUGGUUAGACAUCUCCUCUGUCUGACAUCAUCUCAGUGUUAAAACUGGUCUUUACUGUUGUUUUGUUUUUUCUAUACCCAACCAUGUGUGUGUGUGUUGGCUAAAUGUGGAAGGAAAAAAAACAUCAGUUGGCGGUGUUGAACCGAGGUAGUGCUUUUAUUUUGAAAGAGACU